AGUUUCCGCUUUCGGCUGAGCCCCCGUUCGAAUCGCCGUUGCGCGUUUCGCCGUCCUCGCCAUGGCACGUUUGGCCGUCGUUGGUGUCUUGCUGGUGACCUCGCUGGCCUUCGUGGCCCCCAAGGUGAGCACCCCGCGUGUGGUGCGUCACCAGGUACCGAGGUCGGCGCCGUCCUCGGAGUCCUCGGGGUCCUCGGGGUCCUCGGGGUCCUCGGGGUCGAUGAUGGCAGUGGUGCUGGGAGUGAUCUUUGGAAUUGCCUUGCUUCCCCACAGCGCUCUGGCGGGCACUGGGUCAUCUCGACCCGAAUUCCAGUUGGUUCGACCCAGCUACAUGCAGGGCAUCGAUGCAGCCAAUGCAGCGGUGAAACCUGGGGAGAUCGACUAUAUCACGCGCUCCCGCAUCGAGGCAGCGCAAUUGCCCAAGGCCAAAGAGGAGAUGGAGAUGACCCGCGUGAAGCUGCAAGCCGCGCCCAGCAAGGAAGAGCGUGUGGCUGCCUCUUUGAAGCGCCUGCGCGAGUACAGCGGCGUUGAGGGCUGAGUGUGUCGCAGAGACAGCCGCAGAGUGCGUCACAGACAGCGGCGAGAGCCGGGUUGGUCUGACCGACCUCUUUGGAAAGUUCCAGGCCUUCAGCAGCCAAGUGAUUGACGGAUGAUCGUUGGAGAUUUUUUGGGAUG